AUGUUCUCCUCUUCAAGUGUUUUAUACAGGAAAACUCUCCGGCUCACCUCCGAGCAGCUGGGAAGCCUCCAGCUGAAGAAUGGCCCCAACGACGUGGUGUUCAGUGUUACAACACAGUACCAGGGCACAUGUCGCUGCGAAGGAACCAUCUACCUGUGGAACUGGGAUGAUAAAAUUGUCAUCUCGGAUAUUGAUGGAACCAUUACCAGGUCUGACACACUGGGUCACAUACUGCCUACCCUUGGCAAGGACUGGACUCAUCAGGGCAUUGCCCGGCUUUAUCACAAAGUUAGCCAAAAUGGCUACAAGUUCCUGUACUGUUCAGCCCGUGCUAUUGGAAUGGCAGACAUGACAAGAGGGUACCUGCACUGGGUUAAUGAAAGGGGAACUAUGCUACCUCAGGGGCCUGUACUGCUGAGCCCAAGCAGCUUGUUCUCAGCACUGCACAGGGAAGUGAUAGAAAAGAAACCAGAGAAGUUUAAGAUUCAGUGUCUGACAGACAUAAAAAAUCUCUUUCAUCCAAACAUUGAGCCUUUCUAUGCUGCUUUUGGAAACAGACCUACAGAUGUGCAUUCAUAUAAGGAAGUAGGAGUUGCUUUGAACAGAAUCUUUACAGUUAACCCAAAAGGAGAACUGAUACAAGAACAUGCAAAGACUAACAUAUCCUCUUACGUGAGACUUGGUGAAAUCGUGGAUCAUGUGUUUCCACUGCUGACACGAGGAGAUUCCUCAGACUUCCCCUGUUCUGACACCUACAGUCAGUUCACCUACUGGAGAGAGCUACUGCCGUCUGUGGAAAACCCUGGUGUCCGUGUAGAAUCCAGUUAAACGUUAGAACCAGAUGUUGAAUGAUUGCUUCUGUAACGGGCAGUGUUGUGUAAUACACUACCGUUAUGGAUUCCGUCCCCUGUCGGUGAGAUGAGAUGAGGUUAAACUCUCUUUGCAUUGUGGUUAAGACGCUUGCUUGCGGUGUGUGAUGUUCGAGGUUUGCCCCCAGCUACCACCCUGUUAUACUUCAAAAGUUUAUUUAUUUAUUUUAUACCUAAAUAACAUUUGUGCAUUUUAAACCUACUUUAUGUGCAUACUAAGUUUAAUUAAUCAAAAUAGUCUUUUUUUGCUACUCUUUUCAUUUGUUUUUAACAUUUUUUUUUAUAGCUCAGAAUUUUUUUUUUCUUUAAUGCUGAUGUUAUAUGUUUUUAAAAGGGGAUAGGCACAUAUCAGCAAAGCAAAGUCACCUUUGCUUAAUACUGAAGCUUUUAAUCUUCAUUACAGCUUGUAAAAAAUAAUUCAAUAAUGAAGAAAGGUUGUUACCCUUACAGCCAAAUAAAGCUACACCCUGGUGAGAACCCUUUUAUCAUGAGACUAAAUCAUUACAGUGUGCUACUUCUCUUUGUUUCUAAGAAAAUAAGAACAACAUCCCAGCACAGCAGAUUAAAUACAUCCGUGAAUGUAUCACUAGCUUCUUCAGGGCAGAAUAUGGGGACAUUGAAUUCCCCUGUGGAUUGUAAUUUGAACAACAACAUGCAAAUAUGUGACCACCAUUAUUCCACAAGCUCUUUUCAUCUUGGUACGUUUUAAAGCUUCAGUAACUCUGCAUGCCGAUAGCCAUGUGCACUCAGCCUUGACUGAACUGAAAAAUAAAUAGGCACUGUAAAGGUUGAUAUGAAGUGACAAGCUAGGUAACCCAGGCAACAGAUGAACUAGAAGUUUACACCACAUGACUUGUUGAUCAAAACUUUGCAAAGGAUUUUCUGCUUUGAAUAAUUGCAUGUUUUGUUAACAUUUUAGACCACAGAUCAACUAUUUGAGUUGGCAUUGUUUCAAUACAGGCACUGUAUGCCUGACAAGCUAUCUUUCGGUUUAGUUUUGUGAAGUAACAAAGCUAAACUGAUAAAUAAUCUCCUUUCCUACAUCUGUCUCUUUCCUACAUCCACACAAUAUUCAAAUAUUAACAUCUAUGGAUCUGAGUUUAUAGUAGAUAUCAUCCCACUAUACACAAAAUGGGUUUCAGUGAUUUUAACUAAUUACAAUAAUACAUUAUGUAUGGCAACCAAUUACAGUGAUGUAUAUGGUCAUAUAAUGUGGUGUAUAAACCAAGUCUCUGUUGGCAUUUACAGUAAGGUCUGAAACGUCACCUUCUGAGGUUUUUUUUUUUUUUUUUUUUUUUUUCCCCAAAACCAUAAAUUAUACUAAAUGUAAAGUGUGAUCAGGUUGUGGUGUAAACCUCUAUUCAUAUAGAUUCUUAAAUCUGUGAAAGCGUUCCUAGAAUGUUACUGUACGAUGCUUCAGGAUGAUAAGAUAAAAAAGGGAGGUUUACUUGAGAUGUGUUAAUGAUAAAGUUACUGUAUGUAGACAUGCAGUUAAUCAAAGGUAUAGUUACUUUGUGUAAAUAAUAUGUUAAAGUCUAGUGUUAUUUUGAGAACCUGCUACAAAUGUAUAGAAACAUAAAUAAACUCAAUUAUCCUUAAUCUCAAUAUAUUGUCUGAAUAAUGGCUGGGAGUAGCUAGAAUGCAAAAUGCCUAUUCUUUCUGUGAAAGAUACAGUGUUAUGAUCUGCUUUUUACUGCUGCUUAUGGUUGUCAUUAAAUGACAUCUUUAUUUUUUUUUUUUACUUAUGUAUGUAUAUAACAGAAUCCAAUUGUAAUGAAUGUGUGCAGUGUAAUGUCAUUUAUAUAUGGCUGUCAUUGUAAUAAAUGCUCAGAAUAUUCAAA